CAGACAGUUAGCUAAGAAAAAGCGAGUGCUAAGACAUCGAGAAGUAUGUUCGAUCUUCUGGAAGUAGUACUACUCGCUAUCUACAUUGAGCUGAAGAAAUUAAGGUGUUGACUUGUUCACUGACUCGAUAUAUAGAGAACUCAACGCAUGUUGGAUAUGAACAUGACCAAAUACUGAUCAUUUUGUAGGUGCAUGCGUUUAUAUCUUUGAGCAAGUGAAGUGAAUCAGCGUGUUCUUACUCUACUGACGUACUUUCAAGAACGGCGUUUCUUUUCUUUUGCACUGGUUUUAAACGACUUAGUGCGAAAUGUUUACUGUUUCUUUCUAACCGCUAGACAAACAGUUGGUAACAAGUGUUACUGCUUCAACAUCAGAAAGUGAAGAGCAUGAGUAUAGACUAGAAAAAAAUAAACACUGGUCUACAAAUGUUUAGCUCAUGACUAUCUUUUAACAACACAUAACAAUUGAUUCAGAAGAGCUAUUCUUGUCAGUAUUGCAUAAAAGAAACAAAAUAAAACAAUAAUGAAGAUGGGAAGAUGAAGCUAGAACUAUCGUCUUCUUGUUUAUCGCCGGAAGCAUCUAAUGGACCCACAUUUUGGUCUGCCGCUCCAGUUCCCCAGUGCUUUUGCUACAGUGCACGCCCCGAUUCCUGUAGACCAGCGGACGCACGACGGCCGUUAUGUGUGGGAACCUCGUUUAUCGUCUUUUCCUCACCAUAGUUCACCUGGACUGCCUGCCAAUGGCCCCAGCCCAGGGAUGUCGGAAUUUUCAGUUUUGCCUCAACGACGUGGAUUUACAAACAGCCAGAUGGAAGUUCCUCUUAACCACCCAUACCACUUGGGUUCUGCCUACAUGAAGCAGUUCCACAAUUCUUUCCAUUCCAGUCCAACUACGUCAGUACAAGGAAUAAGUCCCAUGGAUUCCAGGGGUUUAUCGAUGCAUGGAGAUUACCUUCAACAAAUGGCUACACUAAGCCAGCGAGGUAUGGUUAGCGACAUCCAUAGAAUACCACCUACCUCAGCAGCUGGUACUGAUAUGUGUUUUUCCGUUGACGGUUCUCGCCUUUCUAGUCCAAGACCUGGAAUUCGACAUGGACGAAAACGUGCACUCUCUAGCUCCCCAUACUCUGAUUCUUUUGAUAUCAACUCUAUGAUAAGAUUUUCUCCAAAUUCCCUCGUCUCUUUCAUGAAUGGAUCACGUAGCUCUAGUGCAAGUGGAUCAUAUGGACAUCUUUCAGCUGCUUCUUCAAGAGCCUACAUGACUAUACAAGACAACAAGCUUAGAACCCUUAGUCCUGCAAUAGGAGUUCCACCUCCACCUGUUCCUCCACACUUUCAGCAGCUUCACCAGCUGAUGAGACAAGGCGUUUUGGCACCACCAGCUACAGCUCAUCCAACACAACCAUUCUUUUCUAAUCCCGGUGCUUCUCUAGGACCAAGAAUAAAUUUUGAUAUUGGAGUGACUAAUUCAGACACUCCUAUACAUGUGAGUAGUACUGUAAAUGGAGAUGAUAGUCAAAGGACAAGAGUAAAGAAAGAGUCUUGCAUUGGAGGAGCAGGAGAACCUAGUGUUGGUGAUGAUGAUCGAGAGAAUACAGCAGAUCUGAAAGAUGAGCCUGGCGAUUUUGUAGAAACUAAUUGUCAUUGGAGAACAUGUGAAAAAGAGUUUAGUACCCAGGAAGAACUUGUAAAGCAUCUGAAUAAUGACCACAUCCAUGACAGCAAAAAAUCGUUUGUAUGUCAGUGGAAAGAUUGUUCAAGAGAAGAAAAACCAUUUAAGGCUCAGUACAUGCUAGUUGUACACAUGCGUCGUCACACAGGAGAAAAACCUCACAAGUGUACUUUUGAGGGUUGUAGUAAAGCCUACUCUCGAUUAGAGAAUCUUAAGACUCAUUUGCGUUCACAUACUGGAGAGAAGCCUUACAUGUGUGAGUUUCCAGGUUGCACUAAAGCUUUCAGUAAUGCAUCAGAUCGAGCUAAACAUCAAAACAGGACCCAUUCAAAUGAGAAACCAUAUGUAUGUAAAGCUCCAGGUUGUACUAAACGUUACACUGACCCUAGCUCACUCAGGAAACAUGUUAAGACUGUUCAUGGCCCAGAGUUUUAUGCUAGUAAGAAGCAUAAAGGAAAUGAUAGCAGGGGUUCAGGAGGUGCUGGAAUUAAAGAUAAAACUACCCCUGGGAGCAUUGAUGGCAGUCCUCAUUCUGAUGAUGGCACAGGAAGUAAAUUAACCAGUUUGUCAAGUCCUAGUAUUAAAUCUGAGGAACAGGGCUCUCCCCAACAAGAUGGAAGUCCAGGAGGUGAUGUGGGCCAUGAGAUGCCAGGCUGUACAGAUCAGGCUCUUUUUGAAGGCCCUAUUAGUGACAACAGUGUAUCUACAACAAGUGGUUGUGUAGAAGCUGAAAACUUCUGGGAAUUAGUGGAAAAUCCUGAAAUUCCAGUUGAGGAAAUUGUACCUGGUGUUGCAUGUGCUGUGGCACCAAAUAAUCAGAACAGAGAAGUAGAGAGGAACGUUCACAACAGAUUAAAAAGCAAAUUUCAAUCACAUUUCAAACCUGGAGGCUCAUGGUUACCAAAUGUCCUUCCACCAAGAGGUGAUGUCCAGAAUUUACAAGGAUGUAAGAAAGGUAGUGUACAUGGAGGAAUGACUAAACUACCAGAUGUUCGACAUACAGGCCAUGCAACAAAAACUCUCACAGAUUCGUCCUUUAAAAACCCAAGUUCUAAACUCUCACAAACAGGUUGCCGCAGAAAUAGCUCUAGCAGUAGUACCAUCAGCUCUUUUUAUGGCAGCAUGUGUUCAGACAACAAACUCAACACUAAAAGCAGUGAUAUUUCUAGCACUCAAGGUAGUCAGUUUUCAGGAGUGUCUCAUGGCAUGAUUAAUGAUCAGAUACUAAGUGAGGCAGCUUCCGUAUGCAGCUCGCAAAGAACUAGUGGGGUCAGUAGCCUCUCAGGAUUGUCAGCUGGAAUGACAACACAACUAGAACUUCAUUCUCAAACACUGCCUUCACAGCACUUGAACAAUACAGGAAAUCUUAUAGUGCAACGACACAGUCAAAACAUGGCUGUAGAAGCAAGAAAUGUCUCCAGACAAGUGGCUGUAACAAGUCACAGACCAAUAUCCGAGGAACAUCAAUCAAAUGUUGUUUUAAGACCUUUUGAACCUAAAGAAGAGACUGCUAGACAGACUCGUCAACCUCAAGGUGUAAAUAGUUUAAACAAAUUUACACCAUUACCACCAAUAGGUCAGUCAAACCGACCCAAAACUCCUGGUGGUUCAAGCAGCCAUAGUGGAAGUCAUCAUCCAAACCAGGAUGUGGUUUUAGAAAACUUAGAAGUAGACAAACCCAUUGAAGCAAACAAGGAAUUAGUUCUUCCUGAUGAAAUGAUGCACUACCUUAAUGAAGGUGUCAUUGAACAACAAACCAACACUCAGGUGGUAAGACCACAGUCUCAACUGAGUCAGGCAGUGUCUAGUGUAAGCCAAUAUGAUGAACUUCAGAGGCAGUCUGCUAGGAUAGCAUGUAUAGAACAAAGCAAUGGUGUUGCCCCAUCUUUCAGUUGUAAAUUUGGAAACCAUUCCAUGAACACUACAAAUAAUUUCAUGAAUCAGUCAGUUGCCAGUGCACCAACAUGUAACUUUAGACCCUACCAGUCAAAUCCUCAAUACCAUCAACAAACAAACACGUUUCAACAGAUAAAUUCUGGAAACCAUCAACUUUCUAAGAAUCAAGGUCAGGCUCACUUAAAUACCUCUUGCUGGGGAGCAGCUCAUAAGUACCACCACAGUUGGGACCAAUAUCAAAACACCCCCACACACAAGGAUAAUUGCCAACAUUCAAUAAUGGAAAGUAACAAACAGUUUCAGUACCCUUGUCACCAAAAACAUUGUUUAUCUUCAGGCCACAGUGACAAUACCUAUACAUCCACAAGGUUCAAUUACCAUCCAAAUCUUGGAAAUACUGAACAGAACUACUUGGUAGACCAACAACAGUCCCAACAACAAUGUGAAACUUUACAAGAUAAAUCCAUAGAUAAUGCUAAAAACAAACAGUGGUACCCAUCAACCCCAAUGGAUACAAAGUCAUGUCCAAGAUCAACUCACUGUGUAAUACCUCAAAUGGCAUUGAGCAAUAUAGCACAAGAAACACACUGUGUUGCUGAAACAUUUUCAGCUUCUCUUUCUCUUGGUGCUAUAAACUCUACCCAAAAGCCACAUCCAAGUUAUCAUAACCAAACAUGUAAUAUGUCUGCACCACAGCAGUCACAUCCUUGUUAUCACAGCCAAAUGCGUAAUACAUCUGGAGGACAAAUGUGUUACAAUCCAGACUCCAGCCAGGUAUCUGUUCACCCAUCGUAUGAGCACACACCUUCCCAAUCCAGUGUUUUACCAGUUGGACAUUCUUACAAACUUUCUAAUACUAAUUCAGAGUCAUUUCCAAAACAUCAGCAGCUCUGCCAAGCUGUAAACCUUAAUCCCACAUUACAUCAUCAAGUUACCAACCCUCAAACAAGGUCUAACUUUCAAACAUCAUAUUCUCAUAUCAUAACAGAGUCCAAUUCUCAAGCAUCUUUCCCUCAAAAUCAUACAGAAACUCCAUUUUCUUCCUCACAAACAGGACCCAACUUACAAGCACCUGCUGCACUUCCCCUUACUAAUUAUCAAACAUCUAAUCCUCACAUUCAACAUUCUCCUUCUUGUACUAACUCUUCAUGGAUUCCUCCACAUCAGCUACAAAACCACCAUCCUUUCCCACAACUUCAGCAACACCCUAAUAAUCUUCAAGAACCUGUUGCUCAACAGCCUAAACUAUCCCUUGAACAACAAGCCCAAAACUAUCCUCAUCACAUCCAACAACAACAACAACAGUCUCAGUCAUAUUCUCAAACUCCACAACAUUACCUUUUACAUGGUGUAAAUGGACCUCCUACACAACAAGCUUAUCAGCCUUAUCCAUUAACAGCUCCCACAGAAACAGCUUCCCAACAUUAUUGUUCUAUGCCUGCUUCUAACGCAACACCUGUACAUCAAGUACAGCAGAAUUUACCUUAUGGUUCUAAAGUAUCAUCUGUAUAUCAAUCUCAGCAACCUAUACCAUCUCCUAGUGGUAAAAUUCAAUCAUUGCAUAAACCUCAACAAUCAUACCCAUCACCAGGAUCAACGUGCAAUAGCUGUCCCAACUCUCAGUCUGAAGUUCAAUGUCAAGAUAUCAGCCAAUCCUCAAGAACUGCCAUGCAGCCAGAAGCAUACCAACGAACAUUAGAAUAUGUUCAACAAUGUCAGCAGAUAGCAUCCAACAAAACUAAUUCGAGAAGCACUACCAGGAAUGGUCCGACAUUGCAAUCUGGACUGGAUCCAUGGCAGCAAGUGGAACUUUCUCCCAAGGUUACCAGUACAACUGAUAGACAAGAAACUAAGCUGUCUAAGGAGAAUGCACCAGUCAAAAAUAAGUCAUGUACAAACAUUCCAAACACAAACAUGAAACAUACUAUUAAGAAUUCUAAUUAUGCUCAACCUGGAGUAAGUAGCUUAACUGUAGGUUAUACUAAUGAUAAAUCUCAAUCACCUCUACAAGCAACAUCCAAUAUGAUCAUCAAUGACAUGAGUUCCACCUUAAACUCACUGAUGGAGGAAACAAGAUAUCUUAGGAUGAUGCAAUAGAAAAGUGACUUUUUAUUUGUUUUAUUUUUCAGUGUUGUUAUAGCUUAGCUCACUCCCAAUUGUUAACUUUAGAAGUGUUGGGAUAAGUUCGUUAAAGUCCACCUUACAUACUUUUAAUGUCUUUCCCUGAUAAAGUGUGGAUAAAAAUAUUCAAUUUAAGAUGUAUAAGAACAGAAUGGCCUCAUGAAAAGGUACGAGACAAAUUAGAAAAUGAGUUUAUACCCUUUUUAUUACUCGUGCCUUCUUUGACCCCCCUCCUCCCCAGUUGCUCAGCAGUAAGUGUAGAGGCUUAUAAUUGCUAAAAACUGGGCAUCAAUACCCAUGGCGAGUACGGUAUAGAUAGCCCAUUGUGUAUCUUUGUGCUUUACAACAAACAAACAAAAGUGCCUUCUUUACAGCUCUUGUAAAUCACAAUUUAUCAUUGUUGGACAUUAUUUUGCACCUUGAAGUGUUACCAAAAGAAAAGCAAUUUUUUAAAAUGAUUUGUACAAACUUUUAAGUAGCAGAAAAUAUAAUGCUUUGUAAAGAUUUAAUAUUAUGCAAGUUUGUAGAGUUGUAAAAUCUGCGAAAAGAUUUUUAACUAUAUGUAGUAAAUAUAAAGAAUU